AUGGACGAAGUCCAACAGCACGUCCAAGAUACAGUAAAUAAUGAACUCGAGACAAAGAAUAAACUUCCUGACGCAAAAGUUGAUUGCAUUGAAGGAGAAUUUCUUAAUAAAGCUGUCAUGGAUGAUGUAAAUGCUGGUGCAAAUGCAUCAGAGGACCUAAAAGUUACUGAAGGCGAAGCAGAAGAUGAUAAGAAUGAGGCAGAACAUCAAAUCAACAUAAGCAGCGAGACCAAGGACCCAAUCAAGGGUAAGAGUGAGACUGUGGACCCAAUCAACAGUGAGAGUGAAGUUGACGAUCCAAUCAAUAGUAAUAGUGUUGCAGAGGACCAAAUUGGUGCUAAAUAUGAAGUGAAUGAACAGAAUAUUAUUGGCAGUGGAGUGGAAGAAGAAAAAAUCUCAAUGGAGAACGGCAUAGAGGUUGCCAAUCCGGUUGAAAACGUGAUGGAGGAAGACAAACUUAAUGGAGAUGUUGCAAAGGAGAAAUCCUCCAAUGAGAAUAGCAGAGGGGAUGGAAAUCCUGUUGAAAAUGUUGGAGUGGAAGAAAAACCAACUGAAAAUGCUGUCAUGGAGAAAACAUCUAUCAGAGUGAACCAACUUCCAACUGAACUAUCUGCAAAUAAGGCUCCUCAAAAUGAGGUCGAUUUGGUAGAUGACAUGCCACAGGUUAAGAAUGAAGAAGUGAUAGAUUUGGUUCAUGAGAAUGAGAGGAAAUUGGUUAAAACUGAGCUGAAAGAACCAUGCAAUCUUGUUCCUGCUACUGCUCUAAUCAAUGGGAAUGUCACGUCAGGUGAAAAUGUAACCAAAUAUGAAUUUGAUGAUGCUUCAAUUCCAAGCCAGCAACAAUCUGACACGCCAACCUCCCUUGUUAAAUGUUUACCUUCAAAGGCUGUAGAUCAUGGAGGGGAAAUGGUUAAGACUGUUUUUAGUCAAGCAAAGAUGGCUGAGGGUGACGAUGGAGCACCAGAAGAUCAAACAAUAUUCAUGAAGGCACUGAAAAAUUUUCAUAGGGAGAAGGGGAUGGAUUUUAAACCACCCAAAUUUUAUGGGCACCCGCUAAAUUGCCUGAAGUUAUGGAGAGCUGUGAUUCAAUUGGGUGGCUAUGAUCGGAUAACUGGAUCCAAGUUGUGGCGGCAAGUGGGAGAGUCAUUUCAUCCUCCAAAGACUUGCACAACUGUUUCUUGGACAUUCCGCAUUUUCUAUGAGAAGGCAACCCUCCCAAUUUCACUUCCCAUUAUAUGCUUGUUGUAA